UCCUGUAUCGCCGCGACCUGGUUUUUCAAGAUGGUGCCCCGUGUUGUGUGAGUGAACGCGCUUCUCCAUUUCUUUUCCUCCCCCCGACAUAUCGAAUGCAAAAUUCUGAGAAAGUGGCGUGAAAAAAAGAUGACCGGUGAAAGUGUUCCAAAUUGCGUCGCACGCCGCAGCGAUGGAGAACUGGCGAAAAUUAAUUAAAUCGGAUGUGAUACCGUACAAAGAGGACAAAGCACUCGACUGGGAAACGAGUCUGACAGAAACGAAACCCCUCGCUCCGCAGCAAGCGGGCCGAUGUCCACGGGCCCGUCCACCUCGAUGGGGCACCUCGAGGGGCCCCUAGGACCCCCGAGGCGCCACAACCCAGGCAGCCGCUUCUCCCUGCGCCGCCUGUUCGGAUCGUCCUCGGCCUUCCUCAACCGGCGGGCCUUCGGUCGCGGGAGCGCCAAGGGGCUGCCCGCGUCGGCGCUCGACGCGGAGCAGGCGCUGCGCAUUCCGUCCGGAGCCACGGCCUCUGACGGGGCCCGCGCAGCGUCGCAGAGGCUCACUGCCCCUCCCAAGGACUCUGAGGGUGCAAAGGGUGCCGAGGGUGCGGGGCGGCGUGGCAGCGCCCCACGGCAAGUCUCGUCGGACACGGAGUCCCUCUGGAGCUGCGAGGGGGGUGCGGUGGGGCGGCUGGAGUGCCCGCUCUGCCUGCUCGAACUCCCAGGGGACUGCUUUCCCCAGCUGAGUUCGUGCCCACACCGCGCCUGCUGCGACUGCCUCCGACAGUACCUGCGCAUCGAAAUCUCCGAGAGCAGAGUGAACAUCUCGUGUCCGGAGUGCACGGAGCCGAUCCACCCCAACGACAUUCGGAGCCUGCUUGAUGAUGAGGUGAUGGUGGCCAAGUACGAGCGCUUCAUGCUCCGGCGCAUCCUGGUCACCGAGCCUGACGCCCGCUGGUGCCCGGCCCCUGACUGCGGGUACGUGGUGAUAGCGAGCGGCUGUGCGAGCUGCCCCAAGCUGCACUGUGAGCGCCCAGGCUGCAGCACGUCCUUCUGCUACCACUGCAAACAGGAGUGGCACCCCAACCAGACGUGCGACGCCGCCAGGGCGCAACGAGCCGCCCGCCCAAUCUCCUCCUCCGCCGCCUCCCUGGGCUUCCCCCACGACGGUACCUUGCAGAGGGACGACAUCAAGCACUGCCCCUGCUGCAAGGUGUUCAUCAUCAAGAUGGACGACGGCUCCUGCAACCACAUGACGUGCCGCCUGUGUGGCACAGAGUUCUGCUGGCUCUGCAUGAAGGAGAUCUCGGACCUACACUACCUCAGUCCCUCUGGUUGCACCUUCUGGGGCAAGAAGCCCUGGAGCCGCAAAAAGAAGAUCCUCUGGCAGCUGGGCAUGCUUGUGGGGGCCCCCGUGGGGAUCGCCCUCAUCGCGGGCAUCGCGGUGCCCGCCAUCGUCAUCGGCAUCCCGGUUUGGGUAGGCCGCAAGCUGCACUCCAAGUACGACCUGCGUACCACGAGUCGUCUCAAGCGCAACUUCAUUGUUUCCGGCGGAGUGGUGGCUUCUUUUCUGGUGUCCCCCAUCAUUGCCGGUAUAGCCGUCGGCAUUGGCGUGCCCAUCCUCCUGGCUUACGUCUAUGGAGUGGUCCCUGUGUCGCUGUGCCGCUCUGGCGGCUGCGGAGUGACCACCUCCGCCUCGGGAGUCCGCAUCGAGUUUGACGAGGACGCCGACCUCGGCAUGUCCAGCGGAACGGCGGCCGACGGAGCGAGCGUGGACACGACGGGAGGCGUGGGGAUCCUGGGGGCCGGCGGGGCGACGGCAAGCAUCGGGGAGGCGGCCUCCCUGGGCAUGUCGGGCAGCCCCAGCCUCGGCUCGCACCUGGAUACGGCUACGGCCAGCAACACGGCCAUCGCCGGCCACAGCUUGACCGGGAGCAUCACCUCGGCCAGCGCCUCUCACAGGCUGGAGGUGCAGGCAGAGGUGUCGUCCAACAAGCGCUUCAGCCUGAGCAGCCACAGCGAGACCGCAUCUGCCACGGUGAGCCUGAGCGAGCGCUCAGCGAACAUGUCCGGCAUGGCCGACGACGCCGCCAGCACCCGGGCCUUGGCAGGCUCCAUCGUGGGCUACAGAGAGGGCACCCUGGCCGCGCCGGUGGAAGUGCACGUGGACCCACUGGAAGAACCGGACUACUGCCGCCACUGCCGCAUCACUCACCGACCCUGCUGCCCCAACGCCUUGCCCUCCUCUCAACCGCACCACUGCGAGUGCCUUGACGGUGUGAGCGUCACCAAGGUGCAGAUUGAGUGAGCGCGCGGCGGAGGCGCGAGUGUCACGCAAGUGCGACGAUACGAGUCGAAAGGGACGAGUGCCAUGCAAGCGCCAUCCAGAAUUGGUGCUGUCGUGCCGUCACUGGCGGAAUGUGCGAGUCGGUGUGUCGUGCGGGCAAACGGUUUCUAAUGUCUGAACUGCGUUGCCUCGUGUUGAAAGCGACGAAGGAUCGCUUCGCUCAAGUCGUGCCCAUUGCUGCGGUUUCGUCGUCGUCCGGCGGAUUUGAGAGGCUUCCUCUGCCUCUUUCUCUAUACAUAAAUAUACAUAUAAAAAUAGCGUUUUCAAGGUGCGCUCUAGAGACUGAAGCGGGACUGCCCCCGUGUCCGAGCGAGAAUGUUAUACUCGUUUCUACAGGUGGAUGCUUAUCCCUUGAAAGCGGAGCAAGAACUCUUGUCGUCUCGUACAAUAGUGAGUGUGUCUGUGCUUCCAGCUUGGGGGAAGGGGGGGGGGGGGGGGGGGGGGUGAAGGGGGAUUGAGCUGGCAACUUAUUUAUGUUGCCUCCCCCUUGUGGAGUGGACCUAGGCCUUUCUUCGCAUGGCAGGAAGCACCACAGUUUAGUCAUUUCGAAGCUGAUCUUUUCGGUCAUCUGUUCAAUUGCUUUCGAGUUCCCGAUUGGAGCGUUCCUUGUGCAAAGAAGGUGCUGGCUUACCGUAAGCUUUUCCGCUUGCGCGCAGCAAUACAUCUCGACACUCGCCGGCAGUUCGGCGUGACGUGCACUCGCACAGUCGCUUUCGGCAGUCGGUAAAACGUGUACAUCGAAGAGCAAUGUGAAUACGAGUGUUGCCGUACUGUGGAAUCGGAGAAGCUCCCGGGUUAUUUUUUUUUCCCCCUGGCUCUCAUUAGGCUCUUUGUUAGUGCCAACGCCAACAAGCCACGCAUGUCGGUUUCCUGGUUUUCACACCUUUGCACCCCUUCUCAGUGUGAAGCAAAAAAGACUUUGUUCUGCCCUGUUUUUACCUUGUACAGCAACAAGACAACUGCCAGUUUGGAUUCUUCGCUAAAAAAAAAAUAAAUACCUUUGUAAUGUACAAAGUCAGUUGGACACUUUGGUGUGUAUUUAUAACGGAUAUAUAAAUAAAAGCCUCUUAUUUCCAUCAAAACGA